AUGCCCGCCAACUUGUACCAGGUCGAGGACGCGUUCGUGCCGCCGGUGCCGGGCCUCAAGCCUGCGGACGCGCUGGCCGUCGACGUGCUGGACGAGAACGCCAGCGACACGUCCACGGCCUCGCUGGCCCCCACGCCGCUGCACAAGCUGCGCGCCGCGCGCUCCGAGCUCAGCAGCCGCGUCUUCACCCGCGCCGACCGCUUCUGCUCCGGCGCCGACGCCGUGCUGCACGUGGCCGGCCACGUCAGCGCCAACGUCUUCGACUACCCGCUGCUGGCCGCCGCCGACAGCGCGCGCACGCAGGAGGCCAAGCGCAGCGCCCGCGCGCGUGUCGUGACGCUCGAGAUCCGCCCCGGAGCCGCCGACGCCGUGCGUGGCGCGCUGGCCGUGGGCGCGUCCUCGGCGGCGCUCAUCCCGUCGCAGACGCUGCCGCUGUUCCUGCCCAGCCUCUUCCAGCUGGCGCAGGGCGCGGCCACCUCUGCGCCCGCCGUGUUCCACGUCGCGUGCGAGUCCAUCCGCCGCGACAUGGCCGUCGCCAGCUCGUACGAGCCUCUGUACGCGCUGCAGCACUCGGGCGCGCUGCUGCUCAACUCGGCGUCGCCUCAGGAGUGCCACGACCUGGCCGUCGUGGCCCACGUGGCGGCCCAGCGCCUGCACAAGCUGCUGGUGCACUUCUACGACGGCGCGCGCGUGGCGCGGGAGCUCGCCAAGGUGGACACUCUGACGGAGGAGUCACUCGAGACGCUCGCUGGGCUCCGUUCUAGUGGCGUGCAGACUGGAGACGUCGUGGAGCAGGUGCAACACGUUAUGGACGACCUGUUCCACGUGCUGCAGCGCCAGUACCGCGUGUACGAGUACUUUGGCGCCGACGACGCUGAGUACGUCGUGGUCGUGGUGGGCGAGGCCGCCGCUGCGCUCAAGCAGGCUGCCGCCUAUGAGCAGAUGAUUGGAGGCAAGGUCGGUGUGGUGCAGGUGCGUCUGCUGCUGCCGUGGUCGCACAAGCUUUUCGCGCAGGCUCUCCCCGCUACAGUGAAGCGCAUCGUGGCGCUGGAGAACGUGGCGCCCAGCGCGCUAACGUUCCAGCGGGGCCUGCUGACCCAGAACCUGCAGGUCUUCUUCCAGUCGACGUACUGGCGUCCAGCUGUGGAGACCGCCCCCGUGGUGGUGACGGGUGUGUACGGUGGCGUGUUCCGCAACUCGACGUUCUCGGUGGGCAUGGGCCGCGCCGUGCUGCGCCACUCGGCGACUUCUUCGUCUCGCCGUGCCUUCGUGGUUGCCAAGAGCGAGGAGCUGUACGACGCUGCCCUGGUGAACGCUGCGUCGGAGAGCAGCCAGGCCACGAAGUUCGACGUGGUGCUCGGCGAGUCGCUGGAGCUUGAGGGAUCCGCCGCAUACACCAAGCAGUUCCUGUUCUAUGGCUUCGAUGAUGUUGACGCUGACGGUGCUCGCGCUGGUACUGAGACCAGCACGGUGUUCGAGUCUACGCUGGAUCUGCUGAACAAGAAUCCGGCUACCCGCGUGAACGCCGUGGUGACCCACAGUGCUGGCGAAGAGGCUGCCGUGCGCCCGGUGUCUACUCUGGAGGUGCGCGUUGCUCUGGACGGUGGCAACGGCCCGGCAACGUCGGAGCCUGUCGAGGAGGCGGAUGUGGUCGUGGUGACCCGCCGCGAGGUUCUUGCGCACUACGACGUGGCUCGUAGCGUGAAGCAGGGAGGCAAGCUCCUGGUGCUGGCAGGCUGGAAGACGUCCGACGAUGUGGACGAGCGCGCGGCGUUCAAGCAGCAGGUGGCUUCGCGCGACAUUCAGCUUUUGGUGGUGGACGCUGUUGAGCUGACCACUCGCGUGGAGGACGACGAUGUUGCUGCUGUGGGUCUGCAGACGGCCUUCUUCAAGGCUUCGGGCCUGUACGAUGAGAGCGUGGUGCUGGCUCUGUUGGAGGCGCAGUUCCCCGCGGAGAAGCACUCAGCGCUGCGUUCGUUCGUGUCUGCCGUGUGGGGCGACGUGCUGGCGCUCACGUACCCGUCGAACGAGUGGCUGUCUGCAACCGAUGUGGACGAGCAGUUAGCUGCGCAGCCCCUGACGGCGUUCUCCAGCGUGGCGACGAGCAAGGUUUCGUUCGCCAGCAGUGCCGAGUCGGCGAGCGCUGCCGCGAAGGCCGCUGGCAAGCGCCGCUCGUACGCGGAGGUGUCGCGUGAUACGAAGACUGCGUGGCAGCUGAUGUUCCCGAGCGCGUUCGGGGCUCGCCACGGUGUGCGCGACCACGUGACGGAUCUGGUGACGGUUACCAAGUGGGAGCGUCUGACGCCGGAGGACUACUCGCGCAACGUGUUCCACAUCGAGAUGGACACGACGAACACGGCGAUCAAGUACCGCAUCGGAGAGGCGCUGGCUGUGUUCUCCCACAACGAUGAGAAGGAUGUUGUGAAGUUCCUGCAGUCGUACAACGUGGAGCCGGAGGCGCUGGUGGCGCUGCCUGUGGCUCACAAGAAGAAGAAGGGCGAGGCCACGUCGGGCCCGAGCGAGGAGACGUUGACGUACUUCCAGCUCUUCUCUCACGUGCUGGACAUCUUCGGCCGUCCGUCCAAGAAGUUCUACCAGGCUCUGUUGGAGCGCGCCACGGACGAGAAGGAGAAUACGACGCUGGCGGCGCUGCUGGAAGCCGACGGUAAGGACGAGUACAAGCGACGUGUGGAUGAGACAGUGACGUUCGCGGAGCUGCUCGAGGAGUUCCCGUCGGCCCGCCCGACUCUGGCUGAUUUGCUGACCCUGGUGCCGCGCAUCAAGCCGCGUCACUACUCGAUUGCGUCGAGCAUGAAGAUGAACCCGACGAGUGUGCACCUGCUGAUCGUGGUGCACGACUGGACCACCCCGAGCGGCAAGUACCGCAUCGGUCAGGCGACUCGCUUCCUGUCCGGCGUCAAGGUUGGCCAGAAGCUGUCGGUGUCGGUGUGCUCAUCGGUAAUGAAGCUGCCGGUGAACCCGGAGGACCCGAUCGUUAUGGCUGGUCUGGGCACGGGUAUGGCUCCGUUCCGCGCGUUCAUUCAGGAGCGCGCGUUCCUGCGCUCGCAGGGUGUAAAGGUCGGUCCGGUGGCGCUGUACUUCGGCAGUCGCCACAAGGCCAAGGAGUACCUGUACGGCGACGAGUUGGACGCAUACGAGGCCGAUGGUCUGGUGACGUACUUGCGCUGCGCGUUCUCGCGCGACCAGGAGCACAAGGUGUACAUCCAGGACAAGAUCGCGGAGGACAAGGAGAUCCUGGCGGACUUGCUGCUGCGCCAGAACGGCCACUUCUACCUGUGCGGUCCGACGUGGCCCGUGGCGGAUGUCCGCGAAGCGUUGGUGAGCUCGUUCAUGCAGGAGGGCGGUCUCGACCGUCGCCAGGCGAAUGCUACGAUUGAGCGUAUGCGUGAGGAGGGCCGCUACGUACUGGAAGUGUACUAAGUGCAGCAGGGCAAUUGCUGUAAUUGGGCAGAAGCAGAUCUUCUGAAGAGUACAAAUGACAUGUUUGCUUUUGACCUAG